UGUCUUUCAAUUCAUGUCGGUGUAAAGUGAUACGUGUUGUGUGUUUAAAAUUCCAUAAAAAUGGGUGGAUGCUCAGCGGAAUUUUGUAACAACUCAUCAUCGAAAGGAUAUAUAAUGAAAAUAUUUCUCAGGGAUCCUCAACGAUGUGCCUCAUGGGCCAAAAAUGUUGGCCGUCAAAAUUGGACGCCUACAAAGAAUUCGUAUCUUUGUGAGAUACAUUUUGCUCCAGAUACGUGGGAACAAAGAAGUGACGGUAAACGAAAAUUAAAACCAAAUGCUGUUCCCACAAUAUUCGGUUUUUUUCUUAAAAAGGAAAUGCCAAUAGCAGAAAAUAAAAACAAUGAAGUGUUGUUAAAAAAUAAUAUUGACGAAAACGAUAACGUGCUAGACAAUGAUGUUUCCAAUAAUGAAUUGAUUAAUAAUGAAAAUCAAGAUGUGAAAUGUGAAAUAAUUACGAAUACUUCUGAGUUAGACAAUGAUGUUUCCAAUAAUGAAUUGAUUAAUAAUGAAAAUCAAGAUGUGGAAUGUGAAGUUAGUAUUAAAAUAGUAACACUAUAA